CCCCGCCCCUUCCGCUUCCGGCCGCUUCGCCUCACUCCUUCCUGGCCGUGCUGGUGCUCGCCCAUCCGUGGCCGGAAGACUCUCGAACUUUACAUGGUAUGGCUGCCGUGGGGUCUGCAAAGGUGGCGUUGCAGGUGGCGGAAGUGCUGGAGACCAUCGUGAGCUGCUGCGUGGGGCCCGAGGGGCGGCAAGUUCUGUGUACGAAGCCCACCGGGGAGGUGCUGAUCAGCCGGGAUGGAGGCUGCCUCCUGGAGGCGCUGCACUUAGAGCAUCCCAUAGCCAGGAUGGUGGUGGCGUGUGUUUCCAGUCAUCUAAGAAAAACAGGAGAUGGUGCUAAAACGUUUAUUAUCUUUCUUUGUCAUUUACUCAGAGGACUUCAUACAAUCACAGACAAAGAACAGGAUUCUUUGAUUUCCAAAAAUAUUCAAACCCAUAGAAGGCAUUGGAAAAAUUGUUGUCAGUGGAAAUUUAUUUCUCAAGCUCUUCUAACGUUUCAGACACAAAUAUUAGAUUAUAUUAUGGACCACUACUUAAGUAAACACUUUUUGUCCGUCUUUUCUUCAUCCACUAAAGAGAGAACACUGUGCAGGAGCUCUUUAGAGCUGCUCUUAGAAGCAUACUUUUGUGGAAGAGUGGGGAGAAAUAAUCACAGCUUUAUUUCACAACUGACGUGUAACUACUUUUUCAAGAGUAUGGCUUGUGAAAGUGGGUUUGAAGAAGUAUUUGACUUAGUGGAUGACUAUUUUGUAGAGUUGAAUGUUGGUGUCACUGGCCUUCCUGUCUCAGAUUCCAGGAUCGUAGCUGGGCUUGUGCUUCACAGAGACUUUUCUGUAUACUGUCCAGCAGAUGGUGACAUAAGAAUAGUGAUAGUAACAGAAACCAUUCAGCCUCUUUUUUCAACUUCUGGAUCAGAGUUUAUUCUAAAUUCAGAAGCACAGUUUCACACCUCUCAGUUUUGGAUUAUGGAAAAGACAAAAGCAAUAAUGAAACAUUUACAGAGUCAGAAUGUAAAAUUGCUCCUGUCUAGUGUGAAACAACCGGACUUAGUUAUUUAUUAUGCAGGACUGAAUGGCAUAUCAGUGGUAGAGUGUUUAUCACCUGAAGAAGUUUCUCUUAUCCAGAGGAUCAUCGGUCUUUCUCCUUUUGUACUAGCACAGGCCUCUGCACAGUAUGAAAUCUGUAACACUGCUUUGGUGAAAUUUUGUAAGCCCUUUAUCUUGAGAUCCAAAAGGUAUGUUCAUCUUGGCUUGAUUAGCACAUGUUCAUUUAUACCACACUGUAUAGUUCUUUGUGGACCAGUGCAGGGUCUUGUUGAACAACAUGAAGAUGCUUUACAUGGAGCAUUUAAAAUGCUUCGACAGUUAUUUAAAGAUCUUGAUCUAAAUUACAUGAUACGAACCAGUGAUCAAAAUCAUACAUCAAGUCCUCCUACUUACAAGACUAGCAGAGAAAGUAAUCCAUUGCCAGAAAUUGUUAGUGGCUUAAUACAAAGGCCAUAUCAGGGCACAGUUGUAAAGAACAAAGGUAAACUGGCAAAAACUCAAACAUAUUUAAAAGUGUAUUCAAAUUUGGUAGUUCCAAAUGUAGAAUUAGAAACCUGUAUUCCAUAUUCAACACCAAAAGUGACACCAACAGAUACAUACCAGACAGAUGAAACACUGAGAUGUUUACCUCCAACCAAAACCAGGAUAAUUGAUGACAGUGAACCAUUUAUAGAGAGUAAUUCUGCUAAUUCAAUAGCAGAAAACACUGGAAUAGAAAUUUCUUAUGAAAAUUUACAAGUCACAAAAAUGGCUAGAAAGGGAAGCAUGUUGCCAGUGAGAGAGAAGUCCCUGGAGAUGUGUACUUCCCAGAGUUACUGCUGCUCCACUCUACCAGCAGGUUGUGUUUUGCCAGUGGGUGGUAAUUUUGAGAUCCUGUUACAUUACUAUCUUCUUAACCAUGCCAGAAAAUGUCAGCAAUCAGAAGAAACCAUAGUUAGCAUGAUAAUAGCUAAUGCUCUUUUAGGCGUUCCCAAAAUCCUGUAUAAGUCUAAGAAGGGAAAGUAUAGCUUUCCACAAAUAUAUGUAAGAACGCUCCAUGCACUGCAAACCAGUCAACCCAUGGUGAGCAGUCAGACAGGUUUGGAAUCAGUAGCUGGUAAAUACCAGUUACUAACUUCAGUUCUUCAGUGUUUAACAAAAAUUUUAACCAUUGAUUUGGUAAUCAAUAUUAAGAGACAGCCUCAGGAAAUGUAUGAUCAAGAUUCAGAAGAGGAAGUAUAAAAUUGGAAGUUUUUUGUUAACCAAAAUUUUAAUUCAACUCAAGCAAUGAAGAAGGAUGUGACAACUGAUUCUCAAAUCAAUUCAGUCUAGUUAGGAAAACAUCAAAACUUAAAAAGUCUUUAGAAGUACACUAAGAGGCUAGCAGACGUUCAGACACAAAUACUAGAAAACAUUACGGAACAAUUCUGGGGAGGGAGCCUUCCACAUAGGGGAAGCCAAGAUCUGACUAAGUGUGUUUUCCCCUUCCGGGUGCCUGUCUGCGCUCUGUUAGUUCAUGUGUCUGUGGAAGGGUGUUUCUUUAUAGCUCCUUUUUACUUUUCCCUUUUUUCACUCUCUUCAUCUGUCCUCACCUUUCUGUAUUUAUUUAGUUCAUAGAAUCAUUUAAUCUGAGAUUUGGAUGGGGUCUUCAGAUGUCAUCCUAUUUUAAUGGUUUAAAAUAUAAAAUACAGUAUUUGCUUCAUUUAAAAUUAUUUUCUCUACACAUAAUUUCUAAAGCAAUGAAUAGAAGUCUUGACUUUUUUUCCCUCAAGCAUAUAAAUUAGUUUUUACUUUUAUAUGUCCCCUUAUUUAUAUCUGUUUUAGGUGGAAAAGCCUGGAUAUGUUUUUUCACUAUCCAUACACCACUGACUCUGUAACCGGAAAUGUGACUUUGUGCACUGUAAACUUAUGUUCAUUUCUGUAGUUAAAAGUUAGUUUCAGAAAGGUUAUGAAAUGCAUACUAUCAUUUUCUCCUGUCCCCUAAGAGCUUGUAAAAAUCAUUCAUGUAUAUGCUGGCUUUUCUUGUAUUUGGUGCAUACAGUUCAGAGUUCAAUAGUAAUAAAUAGUUUGAAAAUUC